AUGGCGGCGACGGCCGACGGAUGGCGAGGGAAACGCUGCUCCGACUCCAACUAUUUCGACGGUACGAUGACACACUGCGGAGAGCCAGGAUACACGCCUCCAUUCAUCGACCGCGAGUCUGUGUUUGUAUCGUCGAUUGCGAAUUGUCCGAGUAAAUAAGAAGUAGGGAAUUUAACGAUGGGAUACCAGCAAUGGCUAGGGAUAAUGCUUACGAGGAACCUUUGACUAUAGUCAAAGCUGGUCAAAGCGAGGAACGGAGUGGAAUGUAUGUGUAGUCAUUGAACUACAGUUCGGUGUUAGUUUGUUUGUUAGUUAUUUAAAGUGCAUUAUUAGUUGUUUUUUACAAUGUUUACAUUUAUUUAUUACAUAUUUCUUUGGGGACGGAGCCGUCCGACGAGCUAGCGUCGCUGUGGGCGAGAGGUGUUGGUGCGCGUGGCUGAGCAAAUAUACACGUUUCCGUUAUAAAUACUAAGACUUUAUCGUUAAUGAUCUUUAAUUUCUUUUCAAAAGAAAGGUUCCUUUUAAAUUUCCAAUUUAUUUUUAAACGAGAGACCAUCUCCUCUCGGGUCAAAUGUGACCCAAUAAUAAAAUGUAACACAUUGGAAUCUUUUAUACGAAAAUAAGUGAGAAAGUGACGGAGGAUUGGCAGUGUUUACAUCGAAUCGAUCGCAAAUUGGAGAACAUUCGGGGUGAAAAAAGGCUCGCACGCGUUCAGUGAGCUCCUCGAGCGCGUGCGUUGAACGCACACACGUGAACACCGUGGGUGAUCGCUUAUCCAACGUGACAACCGUAUCAUAACAACUUAUUGUACAAUACCGUGUUAUGCAUAUAUUUGUUACCGCGUGUUCCACUUUUCUCGAAGAAUGUCGUAGCUCUACAGAAAGCUGCUUUCAAAUUUUAGCCAAGCCAUCAGAAUGUCGUUCUUUGGUUGGAAAGGCGCACGGUCCGAAAACGCUGAGCAUACAGGACGCAAUUUGCAGGAUGGCCUAUUUCAAAUUGCCUCCCAAGCUUGCCACAUAUUAGUGCAAGUAAACAACACGCACAACGUUUCCUACGGCGGCAGCAACAACGUGAGAAACAUCGCGUACUCUAAAUGCUCCAGCAAAGAUGGUGACUCGAUAAAUGUCGCGAGUUGUUCCGUAAACAGAGGAACAGCUUCGACGGUUAAGUCCUACACGAAGUACGCGAAGGAAAGGGGCAAAGACCAGGAUGUGGUCGUCCUGUUGCCGCAUAGAAAGAACAGGACCGCCCUUGUCAAGCACAAAUUGUCCACUGUCUCCGAAAAUGCACGCCUAGAAGUGAACCCUUCGAAUUGUAGCGGUGGUGGCGGAGGCGUCGGGGGCAAUACCGGAGUUCCAGAUGACGACUUCGAGUUGUGGGACCAAUCCGGUUUCAUGCUCAGAAGCGACGCGGAUGACUCAAUAACGCAUGGCAAAUGGGGAGGGGCUCAAGGAUGGUGCAGGCCUAGCUGCAUUCCCAUCACGGUCAUCCUAAUUUUGAUAGUCUUGGUCGUUUUGCUGCCAUUGUUGGAUCACGCAGCGGACAAGUACGCGUCGAACAGCAGUAACGUUGGCUUCGACGCGAGCUGCAUGAGCGGUUGCAAUUUAUCUCUGGUAGAAAGUAUGCCGAUCGGUAUGAACUUCACCGAUAAUAACGUAGCCUUUGAGAGCACCUACGACUCUUGGGUGGGAUUGAUUGCGUUAGCGAGAGAGAAAAUAGAGAUAGCAUCGUUGUAUUGGAGCUUGAGAAGAGAGGACGUGUUCCCGGACGAUAGCGCCCAUCAGGGCGAGGAGAUCUUUCGGUUGCUUCUGGAGGCAGGUAGAGACCGGAACAUACUGCUAAAUAUAGCACAAAACAUGCCAACGCAAGCUAGUCCGAAUGUCGACACGGAAAUCUUGGCAAGGAAGGCCAAUGCUAAGGUGAGAAGCUUGAACUUUGCCGGAUUGCUCGGAGGCGGUGUCCUUCAUACGAAGUUAUGGCUCAUCGAUAGAACCCACGUUUACGUUGGUUCAGCGAAUAUGGAUUGGCGAUCGCUUACGCAAGUGAAGGAGCUUGGCCUAAUCGCUCUGAACUGCAGUUGCCUGGCGAACGACUAUGCCAAAAUUUUCGACGUACUGUGGGCAGUUGGCGAAGCCAAUAAAGUACCGCCUAUAUGGCCGGAUUCGGUCACCACGAAGAUCAACGUGAACAAUCCGAUGACAUUCACGUUAAUGGAAAAUAGAUAUCGCGCGUACAUCGCGAGCUCACCUCCGCCUUUCUCACCGAAGGGAAGAACCAACGACGUCGACGCUAUUCUUAACUGCAUCGAGAAAGCAGAGAAAUUUAUUUAUAUCGCGGUUAUGGACUAUUUUCCUCUGACUAUAUACACCGCGAAAAUCAAGUAUUGGCCAAUAAUAGACGACGCUUUGAGGACCGCAGCAAUCGAACGGAAGAUUCAAAUACGGCUGUUGAUCUCAUCCUGGAAGCACUCGAGGAAGUCGGAGGUCGCCUUUCUGAGAUCGUUGGUCGAGCUGACCGGCAGCUAUGCGGGCAUUAAAAUCGAAGUGAGAAGAUUCGUGGUUCCCACCAAUACAACCUUGGACAAAAUACCAUUCGCGAGAGUAAACCACAACAAGUAUAUGGUGACGGACGUGGCCGCCUACAUAGGGACCAGCAACUGGUCUGGAGAUUAUUUUACGAACACUGCAGGUAUAGGUACGGUGUUCGAGAGCGUCGGCGACGAAACGUCGGACAACCUCAGACGACAAUUGGAGGAUAUUUUCCACCGCGACUGGUACUCCGAAUACUCUUACGCUCUAAAUGGAAGUUUACCGAUCGCGGAAAGUCCGAUGAACGUGAUCGACGGCUAUCACUCGCGAUCCUCGCGCUACGUGUUCGCGUGACAACGUCGGUUUCGUCGACGGGCGUUUGACCAUCGAGGAAAAUGAAAAUCGAUCGUCGAUUAGCAUCGGAGGUGUUUCUUAAAUGUCACGUCUCUUUUAAUAAUUUCUCUUCAACUUCAACGAAACACUCGGCGAUGGGUUGUCUCCGUACACUCGGCAAAUAUCGUCUUCGAGCUUCGUACGUUUUGUUUGUUCCGCCUGCGUAACACCACACACACACAUACACAUUAAUAUGCCUACAACCACAUAGUCACGCAUACGCCGAUACAAAACGUGCGUCUUCCUUCAAUUUUUUCUUUACCGUCUUCGUUCUGUUUACGACUACUCGAAAACGUGCCGUCUCCGUCCAGCUCGUGAAUAUCUCCCAGCCAGGCACAAGAAACGUGCACACGUCGAACCUUAAACCUACGCGAGUAAUCUUACAUAAUGGACGUCCGUGUGCCUUGCCACAAGUGCCCUUGCAAAUGUUUUCCAAGAGAAAUCUCGCCUCGAGAGAUCAUCCGUCCGUAAGUAACGCGGUAAACCGACCACUCCGUAGAACGGUGCUAAAUAUCAGUAGUAAUUAGCACGCUUGCCAGCAUCUUCCCCUGACAAACGGAACGAUCCAGUUUGGUUUGGCCGUGAACUGAAACCGAUGUAUCCCAGUCGGCGCAUCGUGAAAUUUGGCCAAGAUGGUUGCGUUUGGGAAUUAACAGAGACGAAUGUACGUUACGCUACUUUUCGAUAUUUUACUGAACCUCUUCAACUAUUCCGUGUGAAAUUUCAUCCUCCGUGAGAUUCUUUUAGGACUUUUUCUAGAAUUUUUACGAAUAACGAUUGUAUACGAGUGAAAUCGAGAAGCUGCAAGAGGUACGCGUGGACUGUUUUUGUUAGGAACUGAGUCGGACGUUGAGAUGCGAAUGAAAGACUCAAAUACAAAGUUUAGGCGCAAUAGCAUUAAUAAGUAUUAAGAUAUGCACUGUCUGCGCGCGAGAAGAAUGCCACCCGCAACGAUGUAGAUUCCUCCAUUGUUUUUAUCACUGCAGGGUAGGGGCCUGUUGACUCUGGUGAAGCUAUCUUCUUAGAUUAUGCACCGACUAUAAAAUCUGCGGUCGUCCGUGACAUUCUUCUCGGGUGCAGACAGUAUGUCUGUUAAUACUGCGCCUGAAUGACAGGCCUUGAGUGGCCUGACUCAAUUUUGAAUAAAAUCAGGAGACGAAGGGUGUGAUAUCUCUGUAGCAUAAAUGGACAGUCAAUAGCGUAAAUUGAACAGAAAAUGGGGGUAUUUUAUAUAUACAUGUAUAUAUGUAUAAUAUCCCUAUUACCCCUAUAUAUAUCUGCGAUAAGUUUUAUCAAUAUUACGAGCAAAAAUGAUAGUAAUACAUUUUAGUGACGUCGUAAAUAAAUUACGAAACAAGUUAUAAUUAAAUGGUCAAUUCGCGUAUGUGACUGUAAAAAGUUUGACGGUUAUUAUGACGAAUCACCGUAUUUUUUAAGUUGAGUACAAAGUUAGCAUACACGAGACGUGUGGUAAGACGUUGUUGCAUGCGAAAUGGUCGUCUCCUUCCAUCGCAUGCCAGAGACGCGGAACUAUUGGAAAAUCUUAAUAUGCAAUCUCUUCGGUUAGAUUUCGUCGUUUCUCAAUGAUCUCGAGCGAUUACGUUGCUCCACUUUCGAGGAAUAAGAACUUUUCCCAUUUCAUUGUACACGCCCUCUCGUUGGUCUUCCUUAUGGUUAGAUCUUUACUGAUACUGUUAUCAUUUUUUGUUAAGCCGACAAAUAUAAAAGCAGUUAAAGUACCGUCAAGUUAAGACUUCAUGAAAUAUGUAGAUUCAUUGUAAUGGAGACCAGGUCGAAGAACUUAGAAGAUUGGCAUUUUAACAUAUAAUAACGAAAUGACGAUUAAAUAUUUCCACUUAAACUAAAGUUCCGAAUGGUUUAACAGAAAGACAGAAUUAAUUUCUAAGCCUAGUAAAUAUGAAUUCAGCUAGAUUGAAAAAUGAGUAUAAAAAGGAACGUUUAUUAAAUAACAAAAAAGGUGCGCUCGUUUAGAUCGUAUACAAUUGACGUUGAAUACAAGGAAAACAGAUUCUGUUACUUUUAAAUAUAAUGUUGAACAUUUUUUUGCGUCGCGUUAUGUCGUAUUUUCAUUUAAUUUGCACUAUUACCGACCAAUUUGAGUGCGCAUAAAGGAAUUGUCAGCACGCUUCAAUCAUCCUUGAUGUUCGUAAAAUAUGAAAUAUUACGUAACUAUACGCGAGCAGUCAUUGAGCACGCGUUGCAAAAAGUUCGUAAACUGCUCGUAGAACUUCUGCAAUAGAAGAUCAGAUAUUAAUCGCGUUUUUGUACGUAUCAGUAGCGUCAUGCGCGACAGAUUUUUUUCGAUCGAUGGAUAACGAGUAAGAACUUUAUACAAGAUCCAUUUCGCCGACUGAGUUAUUUGUACGAGCCGUAGGAACAAAUAUAUCUCAUGUUAACAAAUAAUAAUUCAGUUCUAUAUUAUAUAUGUCAAAUAUAUUUUCAAGCAUGCAAGUUACAAGCUCGACUGAUAUUUAAAAAAAUGGUACGCGUUUCGUCGAUCGUUAGAUACCUUUCAUCUGGAUGAGAACACCCGCCCCAAUCUCCUGUCCGAAAACCAAUGUCACGUCACGCAGUAACUUGUCUCGAUACGUAAUAUUCGCGAUCCUUUUUUCCCUACUUAUCUCGUGGUUGAUCUUUGCUUCCUAUCGUUGCGUAACGAUUCGCCUUUGCGUCUUGCCUUCGUAUUUCGUUCGUACUUCCGGUAACACGUGUACGUGUACGUAUGCACACGUGUACGCCAACACUUUUUUCUACCAUGGAGAGAAAAAAAAAGGAGUAUACGUGCGUGUAUGUAAAUAUAAACGUAUCCUCGCAUAGGUAAAUAGACGUGUAUCCGUAAUUAUUAUUAUCGUCUGUACUUGCAAAAUCUGACGAGCGUUAAACUCAUACGGAACGCGAUGGCGCCGAUAAUCGGUUGAGCGCGCACUUCAUAUCCAUAGGUUGACAAAUUUGCUCGUCGCAUAGCGAUAGUAAAUGCGCGAGAGAGAAACAUGUUGACAGUGGAAGAUUCUUAAGCAGGAACUUAAAUCUGAAUCAAUAUUUUCCUGGUUAAUUCUUUGGGGAAUCCCUAGCGAAAUUAGAAUACCGGUGUGAUGUCAUGCAGGUGGUUCACGAAAACACCCUAUUAUCCAUAACUAUCGACAUAAUUUUUAUGGAGAUAGAAGUGUACUAUAUAGAUAAUGUUAAACAUACUUUUUGUCCACGACCAUAGUUUUCUUAGCCGACUUCGAAAAGGAGGAGGUUACUCAAUUCGACAUGUAUACUUUUUUUUCUAUCCAAAAACGAGCGUAUCGAUUUGUGUAACAAUUCUGUAAACUCGUUUCUUAUGUAAAUACUAUUGACAGAUUUAUAGGAUCACUGUGACGUCUUCAUAUCUUGAACGAAUUGCCACAUCUAUUUACAUCUAUUCACAUAUCAAGCUUCUCUACGAAUAUUUAUAGCCAUUGUGUAUUCAUAUCGUUAUGUCUAUGUUAUGUGUAUCCCCCCAUUUAACUAAAUCUUGUUUUAAUUGUCAAAAGUGAUAAAGGAAAAUAGAUUCUUGUUUUUGUUUUGUUAAAAACAAAUCAACUAAAAAAUUGACCGAUUCCAAAAUAAUUCUGGUUUCAAGUCCCUGCUUUUAAAGAUGUGCGUGGGCCCCCCCAUUUGGGUCAAACUGUGUAUACGCUAGGGUGAUGAGCAAUUCCUAAAAAUAUAAUACAUACACACCAAACGAAAGGCGAUUGCAAAACGUUGUGUUUAAUGAUAUAUAAGUACAAUAGUAAUUGCUAGAGUUAGAAAUGCCGACAUGAUAGCCAGAGCUGGGUAAAAUGUUGAGAAAAAAUAUUUCAAACGCUAUUUUAAAUAAUAAAUGCUACACAGUUCAAAUAGAAUAAUGAUUCAAGUACGAUGCAUAAUACCAGCGUAUGAAAUAUUUUUAAAUAUUUAUUACUAAUAUACUAUCACGCUAUUUUUAUUUAGUACUAUAAAUAAUGUUUUACCAGCUCCAAGCUAAAGGUAGUAGCAUGCUCGACUCGCCAACACGUUCAACCGUUAGUACGGCAGUUUACUUUUUACAUUUUCGUUGUAUUUAUAGGAUUUUCAUGUACGGUCUUCGUUAGAACCUUAAACGCUGAACGUGUCUGAUACACGUGAACAGGCGUGAGCAGUUAUCAAUCGCAAAGAACACGUGUAGAGCCUCUUAUUUCACUCUAAAAGUAGGAAGACCUUUGCAAUCCAAAGAGGGCACAAAAAAAACCCAUUUUUAAUAAACAAAAAUUUGGGUAAAUUGAGAUUAAUAUUCUAAAAGAAUUUUUGUCUGCGUGUCUAAGGAGUAGAAAUUCUCUUUUCCUUUUGGGGAAGCAUCUUUAACAAAGUUUGGGACCCACCAUCCAUUUUCUUUAUUGUCCUCAGGUCUAACGUUUUCGUUUGUUUCCCAAAUCAGUUUACAUCGUACUAAAAAUAUCGCGGCGCGAUUCUUCAGCCGGUUUUUCUUUUUUAAAUUCGUCGAUAAAUUCUCGAAAACAAUUUUAUAUUUAAAAUUAAUUAACACUUAAAGUACACGAAAUUCAGAGAUAAAAUCUAAAUUCAGAAAUGCUCGCUGUUUUAUCAGUUUGAAAUUGUUGGAGACAUAAGUCAAGUAAAAUAUGGCGAAACAAAUGAAAAUAAUACAUUUAACCUCAAGUACACCUGAAGUAAAUAACAGAAUUUGAAACACGCGUACAAGUAACGCGGUAAUGCCACGUGUUCGUAUUCGUAAAUAUUCAGUUUAACAUGUAUUUAGUAAUUCGUGUGCACGUGAAAUAGAGGCUCUAUACUAUGUGGAUUAGUAUUAACAUAGCGAAGGAAAUGGUUACAAGUAAAUUAACACUUUGUGGUCGACGCAAAUCCAAGACUCUGUCUACUUAACAACGUUUUGUAUAACAAAUUAAACAUUUUAUUUAGCCACUGAGCGCAAAGUGUUAAACAAUUUCUGCAAGAAAUACUUUGUCUAAUUUUACGUACUAUAUACAUGUAAACGAUAAAUGUAAACGACUUAUAUUUUUUGUUUAAAAUAAUAAAAAGAAAUGAAAAUUCA